AUGUGUUGUGGAACCAUCCAGUGCCGAGGUUACAAAGACACCUUGGUCCCUUGCAAUUUGGGCCAACUCCCUGAUAGGCCUUCGGUUAUCGGGACAUCGGUGCAAGAAAGAGUUCCAAAGCUGGCAUAUGUCCAAAGGUGGCCGGGGAUACCGGUGACCGGCAUAGCUGUGGCAUUGGGUCCUUCAAAUCGGGAUAAUUGGGACAAAGUUGUGGUGUGGGCUAUAUUGGCGAAGAUAAGUUAUUUUGUUUUGGUGCGGCUUGACUUGGUGGAACAUGACAGAGAAGAGUUGGAGGGAAUUGUGAAAAUUGUUGUAGUGAGUGUAAGUCGAGAUGAAGAAGGUCCAUAG